AUGUCUGUCAACCCCUACCACACUGCCGACCUCGCUUGGGCCCGGAACUUCGUUCAAGGUUUGCACCAGAACUCGGUGCUCUCGCUCGUGCUUGGGUCAAGCGACAUCGUGGCCGACCGCAUUCUACGGAUGAUGUACCGCAAUUGGCAACAUGCGGACUCGAGCGCUCUGCCUUUGCCGGACUUCAAUCACUACCUAGUCUCGGCUUAUCAACACCGUGGCCGCACGCCCGUAAACGCUGAACGAUAUGGACUACCUCGGGACGCUAUCCUCAUGUUCGCAUAUACGGAAGCCGGAUUCGAUGAGUCGGAUAUCGUCUGGAGCUGCGAUGACGACAUACCAGAAGCAGUGAGAUGGCGUCGCUGGGUAAUCAUGGACAUAAGAGCACCCGACCCCAGUCUUAUAGUUCCAUUCAGCGACCCGUGCCUACCGUGGUACAAAGGCGGAUUUCGUAGGGAAGCUAUGCUAGAAAUUCUGGAUGCACUCCCGAUCUGGUUUGUACAGACCAAUGGCACUGUUGGCGUGCCCUUGGCCCGCGAUAUGGGAACGCUCUUGCCACCGCAGCGACUCUACAGUCGUUCUCCGACUCGUGUCGUAGCGGUCAAGAUCGCGUGGCCUGGAUAUAAAUACCGCAAGAGGCCCGUGAGUCUCUGGACUUGGAAUCCGUACAAGCAAGACCCAACGACAAUACCAAUCGCGCGCCUGGCGCACGUCGUGGCCAAUUGUGUUCGGAACUUCAUGAUAGAAGCUACGAAAACCGGCCCGGUCCCCGGCUCAAGUCCUGGACAUUGGAGGAUCUCAAUAGGAUCCCGAGCCCCAGGAAUGAUAACCGAUCACGAUGUAAUACUCUUGGGAGUUGCGUAUGUAUCAGAAGGGGCCGUUGUGCCACUCCUGCAAGUACGCCCUGGAUUUUCCUUCGCUCGCUGA